GCCGAGGGAACCGUUGCAUUCGGCUGGGUCGCGCAAGCAGGCCAGCCUUGAGUAAUCUGUGCGGAGAGUGUGGACUUGUGCGCGCGGCAAAUUCGAGGACCGAGCGCAUCGUCGGGGUGCGCGCCCGGCGAGGGCAGUGUGUGGAGUGGUCACUGGCCAGCGCCCCCCGGGUCACGACGGCUUCUCCGCUGCGGAAAAGCUUUGACUUUGAGCACUGCGUGCAACUUUCGCCAUGUUACGCGUCGUCCGGCAUGGACUCGCCCCAUCUGUAUGAGUCGGCGAGCAGCGAGGACCUCAAGCAUCCGUCUCGACAGCAGCCGUCGCUGGUGCUGAACGCUGCGCUGGGCGCGCGGUCUCAGCUGGGCGCCUUUGACUUGGGCUCGGACGGCUGCGUGCCGGACCUGGCCGAGCUGAACACACCCGAAUUGUCAUUCGAUCUGCAAGGCUUCAUCGCUGACUCUUCUUCUUCGGCGCAUUCGUCGAGCAGCCUCGAGGAGACUCUUUUCACGGAUCUGCUGACAGAGCAGCAGAAGCGUUACGGUGGCCAGGCCUUUUCCAUGCCCCACCAGGGUGGGUCCCUGAACGAGCACCGGUACGGCGCUGAGGCGGGGCUCGGCAUCAAGCAAGAACCGCUGGAUCAGGCCGAGUACUCGAGCUGCCGCGAGCAGCCCUACGGCCGCGGCCUGCUCGCUUUUCCGGGCCUGCACGGCGGGGCCCCCUCGGCCGCGCCUACGCUCAGGCCUGUGGCCGUGUUCUCGUCGGGUCAGCCGCAUGGUCUGGCGCCGCCCCAAGGGCCCCUGGGCCUGCCACCGCCACCCCCGCCACCUCAGGGAGCGCAGCUGCACAGGCUCGGCGGAGGACCUCCGACGCACCACAACGGGGCUCUCGCCGCGUCCGCUGCCGGACUGCGGCCCCUGGGCGCGCCCCCCGCCAAGCCGCAGCCGCACCGCAGCUCGGCCGGCAAGAAGCUGCUCGACAAGGGCUCCGACGAGUACCGCCGCCGCCGCGAGCGCAACAACAUCGCCGUGCGCAAGUCCCGUGAGAAGGCCAAGCAGCGCUCCCGGGACACCGAGCGCAAGGUGUCCGAGCUGAACCGCGAGAACGACUCGCUGCGCAAGAAGGUCGAGCUGCUCACCAAGGAGUUGGCCGUGCUCAAGUCGCUGCUCACCAACGUGGGCGUGCCGCCGGAGAACGUCGACUCCGAGAUCGCGCGCUCGCUUCAGGGCUACUAGGCGGCGCCCACGGGCCGCCCCGUGUCUAGUCAGCUGUACAAAGGGGCCCCCGGGCCUGGACUCGCCGGCGCCGGCUCGCGGCGGACCCCCAGUGCGUACCCCACCCCCUUCAUUCAGACUGCCGCCCCCUCCGUCUUGCGUUGAGUACUGUUGCACCGUUUAUUUUUUUAAGAAAAACAAUAUCAAUAUUAAAGUCCAUUUUCCGUUCAUCGAA